UACUACAGACAUGGAAUCAAAACCCAUUGAAAUGGCAGCCCUAGGAAGACCUCUGUUUCCUGGUAUGCUGUAUGACUGCCGUGAAGAUUCCUUCAUUCCAGGUGUUACUCUGUGGGAUAAGAAAUCACUGAGUGAAGAUCUGGACAGUCGUCCACAGCUCAUGACAGAUUUAAAGUUCAGUAGCUCGGACUCUCUCUCUGAUAAGUCCAGUCUCCUGGAUGUAAGUGCUUCCCUGAAAGCCAGCUUUUUGGGAGGGUUAGUUGAGGUGGGAGGAUCUGCCAAGUACCUGCGGAACACUAAAUCUUCAAAUCAACAGUCCAGAGUAACAAUGCAUUACAGUGAAACUUCAAGAUUCGAACAACUCACAAUGACUCAUCUGGGCCAGUUCACCUACCCUCAGGUGUUUGAGCAGAAAAAAACUGCAACUCAUGUGGUCACAGCUGUGCUGUACGGAGCUCAGGCCUUCAUGGUGUUUGAUCGGUCAUUUGUAGAAGAUGAAAACAGGCAGGAGAUUGAGGGAGAACUGAAUGUCAUGGUCAAGAAGAUCCCUGCAUUUUCCAUUGCUACCACAUACAUGGUAAAAAUGACAGAUGAUGAAAAGAAAAUUGCUGAGAAUAUCACCUGCAUAUUUCAUGGUGACUUCCAUCUUGAGCAGAACCCUACCACAUACAUGGAGGCCCUAGAGGUGUACAAGAAGCUCCCCUCUCUACUGAGGGAGAUUCCAGAGAAUGCAGUGCCAGUAAAAGUCUGGCUCUAUCCUCUUUCUCUACUGGAUUCAAAAGCAGCUCGGUUGGUGAGAGAUAUCAGCACACGUCUUAUUUCCAACACUGAAGAUAUAAUAGAGGAGCUGGGAGAAGUAGAGAGGAGAUGCAAAGACCUGUCCAGAAGACCAAUGGUAAAUUUUUUCAGUGACAUCAAAGAGAGGCUGGACUCAUUUCAGGGUUCAUUUAGCGUUUACAAGAUGGUGCUCCAGAAAGCACUGGCCAGAGUCUUGCCUGCUAUUCGAGGAGGAGGGAUGGAGGAAAAGUCACUGGCAGACAUCCUGAAGAUCCACUACAGCUCCUCUUUUAAUGCUAGCAUACUUAACCAGUGGUUACAUGACACAGAGUUACAACUUGACCUCUUGAGUGUUUACACCAAGACACUGAAGGGGAUCCAAAUUGAAGAUUCAGAUCGUCUCUUCAGCCUCCUUGACCCUGAUAUUGAUGUUGUGGUGUGCUUGACCUUCACAUCUCUGAAAUAUAAAGACGAAUAUCUUUCAACCCUGAAUGAGUUUUUAGAAUCUAAUCCCUUUAAAGAGUUAGAUGGGAAAAACAAGUUUUCCCUGACAUCUCCUGUCCAAAAAUCAUUCGACCCUCAUAAAUCCACUUCAAAAAUGAGACAAAACGUAUCUCACUUCAGAAGUUUUUCAGAGACCAAUAAAGAUGAAACGAGAAUGCGCUUCAUUAUUUCUGCAAUCUCUGAUUCCUCUAGUCCAGGCUCCUCGAUCUAUCUGUAUGAAAAAGGAAAUCUGACAGAUACACAGUUCCAACCCGUGUCCAAGCCACCCCCACCAGAAGUGAAGAAUGUUCUGGACCAAACUGUGUCCCUGAAACUGCAGAAGUCCCCAACUGGAGAAACAGUGAAGUAUAGAGUAGAGUACAAGCAGAUGAAAGCAGAUUCUGGAGCUGAGGAACAGUGGCUUGUCGUAGACACAGCUGAUGAAGACUUACUGACUGGAUUGAUAUCUGAAAAGCAGUACCUUAUCCGCUACAGGAUAGUGGGUAAAGUGGGAGUGAGUGAAGCCAGUGAUACUGUCAGCCCUACUACACUCUCUUCAAGUAAGUGUCAUCUGCACAUUUUUAUAAAUACUUUUUCUUUUUUAAUUUCCCUCAAAACAAUUGCUAUGUUCAAACUGUCCGCAGGGCAGACUGAAGAAGCUGUGUGGACUGGUGAUAGUUGGGAUCACGCUGCAAUGCAGCAGGGCUUUUACGGGCUUUAG